CAACUAUGUCUUCUGAACCAUCUUUUCAAGGGAAUUCAAACGCACUUCUACCCCAACCUGGAUCGCUGGAGUAUAUAAACAGGCCUAACCCUGUUGAGCCCAGUGACUUGAGCCAUGGCAUCUUCGAUGGAAGUACCCGUCAACUUGACCGGACGACUAACGAGCAGCUACAUCCGUUUCUGCUAGGCAAUAGAUUGCGCCAACGUAGUGAUCUUGGACCGGAUGCUACAAGGCUUGCACGACGCUCGCCCCAUCAGUCAUCUGCCUCUUCACUUGCUGCUGUACUCAAUGAUGAAGACUCGCCUCCUCGAUUGGGCGAAUACACUUCUUAUAGACGAGAUGUUGAUCAAGCAGUCUUUACAUUGCCAAAAUUGCCAGCAAAACGACAUGCAAAACGUCACCGCGUACCUCCUGUCCUACAGGGCCUCCACCAGCCACCACCAGAUGCUGGUCUCCUCCCUUCCAUAAGUACGGAGGAGGCACAGGUCUUNUUAUCCACUUCGAGGAGCAGCAAGCCUGCAGCUACUCCUGCUCCCACUGAUGAUACAGGUCAUGCUGCAAUCCAGCAAGAACCCUUGGCUUCAGCCGAAGCCGCCCAGAGCACUUCGGAGAAGCGAUCUCGACGCAACAUAUGGACCGAAGAAGAGACCAACGACCUCCUAGCGGGCGUGUCAAGGUUUGGCAUCGGUAAUUGGAAGAAGAUACUGCUCUGCCCAGACUAUCAGUUCCACAAACGAACAGCUGUAGAUCUCAAAGACAGAUUUAGAGUUUGUCGCCCUGAUGCUUAUGGCGGUGCUCGAAAAACUCGAAAAGCGAAGAGAGUCUCGUCCGAAGAAGCUACAACCACCGAAACAACCAAGAGACCAAAAACGACAAAGCAAAAUCCAGCAGAGCCCUCGGUGGAAGUUGAGACACAACCCAAACCAAUUGGUACCACUGACCAGACUCUAUGGAAGGCACAACGUCGACCUAGACGUAACUUCACGGACGAAGAAGAUGAGGCUCUACUUAAAGGCUUUCGGGAGCAAGGCCCGUCUUGGGUCUCUAUUUGCAAAGACGAGGCUUUUCGAGAACAUGAAAGAACCCCAACGGACCUGCGCGAUCGACUGAGAACAAGGUUUCCAGAGAAAUAUGCACAAGCUGGUCUAGCAUCCCGACCAGCUGUUCCCAAACCGGCCAAGCGGACUCGAGCUACGAGACAUGAUCCAGAGAAACCCGCAGAGCUUAGCCAAAAUAUUACACCCCAAGCUGCUGCUUCCAAAGACAAUCAAUCCGGGCCCUCGAAUGACAGAUUNGAGAGGACAAGCUCGCGGACUGGUCCUGCGUACAGUCUACCUCUACCAAGUAUUGGGGACGAUUCUCUGUCGAAUUAUGGAUAUCCAGACGACGAUGAAGAUGCAGAUCCGAUUGUUCUAGAUCGCAGCAUCAUGGACUGGGCGAACAACAACAUGACUCAAAUCAACCGACAGUCACAACCUCAGAUAACUGACAGCCUUCCGUUUCCUGGCAUUGACCCUCUUGUCACACUGAAGCUGCCCAAGCCUGGCUUCUUC